AUGGCCCAAAAAGAUGAAAAUGUGAGGCAAGUUACCAAAAGAGGAGGUGGACAAGGAAGCAGAGGAGACCAAGACCAACCUGCAGAAACUGAGGUAAGUAUUACAAUCCAUGAGGAGGCAAGUACCAGGGAGGAGAGACUCAAAAAAUUAAGGGUAGAAGCACCGCCAAUUCAGGCUGAAAAGGUGAAACCAAAGAUCCAAAAGGUUCCCUUCAUGCUCCGACAAGACAAAAAAUUCGACAAGUACUACGAGCCAAUUGUUGCAGCACUCGGUCCCUUCCACCAUGCUCGGUUGCCACAGUACGAGUAUGCAGAGAAAAUCAAGCUUAAAUUAGCUGCAAACUUUCUCAAAGACAGUAAGCAGCAUGAUGCAGAUCUGCUCAAGAAGGUUGAGGACAAUAUCAACGAACUAAGGAAGUGCUAUGAUGAGGAAGCAACAAAGAACUAUGAUGACGAAUUCCUCGCGUGGAUGUUGUUCGUUGAUGGGUGCUCCACACUGGAAUUCAUAUACAAAUAUGAUGAAUUAGAAAAUUUUCAGAUCAAGAGAGACCAGGUGGGCUUUGUAGAACAUGACAUAUUCUUGCUGGAGAACCAACUUCCUUAUCAACUCCUCCAGCUGUUGAUGAGCUCGAGCCACAUACAUAAGGAAUUGAAGAAAUCAAUCGAUGAGUUUGUUGGGAGAAACAGCCCUGCAGCUGCACCAGCAGAUCAGAAGGGACAAAAUCCAGAAGCAGAAGAACAGAGGUCACAACCAGGACAAGAAGUAGAAGCAGAGCCAACUCAUCUGCUAGAGCUUCUUCGGACAACAAUGCUACCUUACGAAAGUGAGAAAAAAGAAGGUACUCAACGUUCCCACUCUUUUCGCAAUGUGCAAGAGCUUCAGGCAUCUGGGAUCCAUUUUAAACCUAGUGAGGACAACUCAUUGAGGAGCAUAUAUUUUGGGUCUUCUCAUCUAUUCCAUGGAAUCCUUCAUCUUCCUCGAAUAAAAGUCGACGACUCGACCAGACCCAAGUUCAUGAACUUGAUAGCCUACGAAAUGUGUCCCGAUUUCCAUAAUGAUUUCGGGGUCACAUCUUACAUAUGCUUCCUCGAUUCGCUCAUCGAUCAGCCCGAUGAUGUAAAGCAUCUGAGGAAAAAGCAGAUACUUCGAAACUUCCUUGGGAAUGACGAGGAGGUGGCUCAGCUCUUCAAUGAGAUAGGCACUGACUUGGUGCCUAACAAUGACAUUUACUCCUCUGUUAAAGACAAAAUAGAAGAUCACUACGAUAACUGGGGUAACAGAGUGAUGGCUCAAUUCUUUCACGAGCAUUUCAGCAGCCCCUGGACUGGUAUUGCUUUCCUUGGUGCUCUCCUAGCUCUUGGGUCGAGCAUCGUUCAGACUGUUUACUCAGUCCUCGGUUAUCAUAAUAGUAAAUAG